AUAAUAUAGUUAUUACACAGCUAUAAAGUAUCUUUCAUGCAUCUCUCCACAUGAAAUAGAAUGGAGGAGCUUUUUGGGCAAUCCAGAACAAAAGUAUGAGAUGAUUGUUUUUAUUUUAUUUUAUUUUUUUUGUUCAAGAGCUUAUUAAAAUGACAACAGUAAACUGUGAAGCAUGGCUGUUAUUCAUGGUAUGUCAGCGUUGAAGUGCACUGGUACAGGAGACCGCUCUGACAAACAGUAAACACUGGGCCCUUCAAAUACUUGUUAGAAGCAUGUGUUCCUGGUCGCCUAGCAACAGAGCAGAACAUUCUGCCCUAAACUCCCAGAGAGAGCUGCCUUCCCUGCUUCACAGCUUCUGCUGUGUUAUUCAUGUGUGACAAACCCUUACAAAUGGAUGUGUCAUAUGCCUCUUACAUGAUAGAAAUAAUAAAACUCAUUUUAUUUUGUGUCGCCUAGAUAGAUCCCAUUCAAAGCAUGGGAAAUUUAUUGUGCAACUCAGAUUAAUUGAACUCGUUUAAUUUAAUACCUUAGGAGAAAUUAAAACAGACAUACGUAUGUAUACAUACAGUACAAAAGUACAGAGUACAAUAAUUGUGGAUAGCAGCUCAGAAUAACUUGGCCUUGAAAAAUAUGUAUGAAAUUUUAGAUUUUUGAUCAGAGAAUUUGAUGAACAAACUCGUUGAGCAUUUUUUUUCAAUAUGAAACAAAUUCAGUAAAUGUAAAUAAUGAAUCAGAGAGCAAACAAAUAGCAGAAACUUGUGUAUCCAGUACUCUCGAUUAAUAGUUAAUAGUAUUAGUAUCUAAGCAACGCUUGUUGUUGUUGAGGUGUCUGUUACAGAAGACAAUCAGGAUCGACAGAACUAUGGCCACAGGAAGAGAGAAAACAUUACCCAAAGGAAAAUGUAUAGAUGGGAAACAUAAAGAAGAAACGUACACUGACAGAAGUGGUUGGUGGAGAAACACUAUUAAGAAUUAUCCCAUUCCUGGCAGUUACCACAUCCGAGACUUCAUAGAGGAGACAGGACUGAACCCGGUGCCUAAGACGUACAGCUUCAAGGGCCCCGGGCGAAACACACUCAUGUCGACCGUACGUCGAGGAGAUCUGCUGUUGCCCGGAGCAUAUAACAUUACUGACUCAACCAAUGAGGCUCUGCGGCACCAGGCAACUUACUCUUUCAAAAACUGCCCCAGACCUGACAACCACACUUUAGGCCUCAGAGAUAAGGAUAUUAACCUGUCACCCGGUCAGUAUGAUGUUACGGAGAAGCCUGUCCCCAAAUCACCCUGCAAACACGUGAUGUUCCGAUCAGCUGUACAGAGGGUCAGCUUUCUCCCGAAGGAAGGACCAGCGCCUGGACAUUACAACCCAAGGCCAAGCACAGGCAUUGCAGUCACUUCCUGCUUUAGGUCUACAGUACCACGGCUGUACAGUGUCCACUCGGGAACUCCUGGCCCAGGUGUGUAUGAGCCCACGUGGCACAAAAGCCAACGGCUCAGCACUGAGGUCAAAGUUGACUGGGCCUAUGACCUCCUUUUUCGGAACACACCAUGAACUUUGCCCUCCUGUUUGUUUUUGACCUUCCCAUAUGUAUUCCUUCUAGUAAUAUUUCCCAUUCUUUUGAAAGUAGGGUGUUGCUAGCUGGCAUGUGACUGACCUUGUUGAAAUAUGGUUGAAAUAAUGUCAAAUAUGUUAAUGUUUAAUCCUAAAUUGUUGUAAAAAGGUUAACAAAAUAUAUAUACAUUUUAUCAAGAUCUUUAUGAAAUGACAUUGAAACAACAUUGUGAUAUUAACAGUGAUUUGAUUUUAAAAAAAAAUCUAUCUCUGCUAUCUCUAAAUACUAUCUCUGUUAUGUCAUGAGCUGACUGUGUGGCAGCCCAUAUAAUGCACGAAGCUUUGUGAUGAUUCUCACACUCACAUAAUUCAUUCAGCCUGAACAAAGAGAUCAUUGUCACACAAUAAAACUGCUGUUUACAACACUCUCGCACAAUAGCUAGAUUAACCCUAUUGUCGAGGUCCUGAAUAAUUCUGCUGACAUUAAUUAUAAUGCAUAUGUGGGUUGUAUAGGCCUAUAUUUAUAUAUCUAAGAAAUAAAUGUAAUCUAUAUAGUUACUGUAUGGUCCAAAAGUCUGAGGUCAUGAGUAAAAAAAUGCAUAAAUUUCCCAUUUUUCUCAUUUAAUACAAAAUGCUUAAAAGUGCAUUCAGUUGUUUGGUGCUAAUUUAAAAAGUUGUACGCAUUAAGAAAUAUAUUGUGUUUUUGUGAAGAGUCAUAUGAAUGUUGUACAGUCACAUGAGAUGAAGACUGUACUCAUAAUAGUAUUCUAUAAAAAGUAUUUUAAUUAUAAAUGACCCACGCUGUUUUACUAAACAUAUGUUAGUAGUGUAGUGUUGUUUACUGAUACGAAAAGUGAAAAUCAGGCAACGGAACACAUUAUUGUGCCUUACGAGCCGAGCCAAUGGGAGAAUCAGGCCCGAGAAGCAGAAAAGUUCUGAAACGAGAAGACAGAAUAACCGUCAAAGACAAAAAAAAAAAAGAAUGUGAACAUCAGUGCGACAUAAACAAGGUGGAAAGAUUUGAAGAAAGAAAAUCCUGAGUAGCCCAAAUUGUUGGACAUGUAAGGGAAUUAAUUAUUGUGCAAAUCACCCUCUAUAACUUGCUAGUGCAUAAAACUCAUCAUGGCGAAAGAUGGCAGCACACCUUGUGUAUUGGUACUUAAAGUUGGCAUGAAAUGGAAGUUGCAAUAGUCCUUUCUUCCUUAUUGUGUCGUAUAUAUGAGUGAAACGGCUUCUUGAACAAGAAAAAAAUGUAGGGCGGGACUUGAUUUUGUCUAUCGGAAAUUUAUUGGAUUGUUGGAUCAUUGUUGUUUGCUAUUGGUCGAUCUCAUGAGAGUGACAGGUUGUCCCCCCUCAUGCCAGUAAACACGUCAU